GAGUUGGGUCAUGGACUCAGUCAUUUCCUCUGCUUUUCUUUUUCUUUUUCUCCUGACACGGUAGCCCAUUUCUUUCUUCCCCCUCUCCCUCUUCCUCUCUCUUUCCUUCCCUCUCUGUCUGCAGUCCGUGAUGGCAUCUCCACGGCUGGAGACGUUCUGCUGCCCGAACCGGGACUCGGCUACAGAGUUCGUGGUCACCUUCCAGCCCGUCCUGUUCGGAGCUUUGACUCUUGGAAGCGCAGCUCUGAGCCUCAUCUUCGCUCUUCUCCAAAUUCUCCCGAAGCGCAAAGGAUACAGGAGACUCGGACAGUAUCCUCUGCCCAGGCCUGCGUCCUCCUCUCGGAUUCUGUUCAUCAUCAGUAUAUGUGACAUUCUGGGAUGUGCAGGCAUCAUUGUAAGAUCAUCGGUGUGGCUGGGACUUCCCAACAUCAUCGACAGCAUCUCAGUGACCAACAACACUGAAGUCUGGCCGGAAGUCUUCUGCGUUGGCAGUGCAAUGUGGAUCCAGCUGUUUUUCAGCGCCUCUUUCUGGUGGACUUUUUGCUACGCCGUCGAUGUCUUCCUGGUGGUGAAAACAUCUGCAGGAAUCAGCACCAUUAUCCUCUACCACAUGAUUACAUGGGGUCUGGCUGUGCUGCUGUGCGUUGAAGGAGUGGCCAUGCUCUACUACCCAUCCAUUUCUGAUUGUGAGCAGGGCCUGCAGCACGCCAUUCCUCACUAUGUGACCACAUACGCACCGAUGCUGCUCGUCCUCGUGGCCAAUCCUGUCUUCUUUAAUCGGACCAUAUCUGCAGUGACGUCUUUACUGAAAGGACGACAAGGAAUCUACACAGAAAACGAGAGAAAGCUGGCCAAUGAGAUCAAAAUACGCUUCUUUAAGAUAAUGCUGGUGUUCUUCAUUUGCUGGGUUCCCAACAUCAUCAACGAGAGCCUCCUAUUCUAUCUGGAGAUGCAGACCGACAUCAAUGACGGCGGAUUCAGGGAUAUCAGGAACGCAGCCCUCAUCACAUGGUUCAUCAUGGGCAUCCUGAACCCCAUGCAGGCCUUCCUCAACACUCUGGCCUUCCACGGCUGGACGGGCUUCGAUGUCGACCUCAGCCUGCACCGGAGGAGGGAGCUGGCCUGGGACUCGGUCUCUACGUCGGUGCCUAACGCUGCCAGCCAUAACCCCAUAGUGGGAACUACUCUGCUUUAUCAGAGUCACGUCCAGGAAGCCCAGAAAAGCAUGAUGGGAAACGGGCAGCAACACUCAGACGCCAUGAGUGUCCUCUCAGAAGGUUCAGAGUCUAGUACAGUUGAAAUCCACAUUUCCAGCGAGCUACGAGACUAUGAGGAUGUAGACGCUGACGGAGAGUCCUUGGAGAACUCAGUGAGGCACUAGCUGGGGUUUUCACCAGUCCGCCUCCCCUCCACUGCGCUGCACGACUUUGUUCUUUUUGUUUUAGAUCAUCUACACUUAGCCUCUAUUAUCCUGUUGAGAUUUUAACCGGUCAUGAGAUUUCAGUAGCUGGCAUGACAGAGUAAGUCUGAUUGUUAAUCCAAGCCUUUUCACUUCCUUCUAAGCGUUUUAAAUCGGUCUGUUACGGUGGCCGAGAGGUGGAAACCAAAUUUACAUAAUACAAAACACUUUUACAACCUCCAAGACAAAUUUACAAGCGACAAAACACUUUUACAAAUCCAAAUUCCAAAUUUACAUAAUGCAAAACACUUUUACAACCUCCAAGACAAAUUUACAAGCGACAAAACACUUUUACAAGUCCAAAAACACUUUCAAAAAUCCAAAUUUAACCGGAAAGGGAAUGUCCCAACUCCGGGGUUGAACCGGAAGUGACGAGAACGGCUAAUGCUAGUUUUGGUUGUUGUUGAUGGUGAACCAAGCGAGCGGGUGAUGUUUUGCCCGUUUUGUGGGGAACAUAUGAACCGAUUGACGCGGUUUUGUUUUUCGUGUGGUCGGUCUUUAGAGUGUUUAAAUGGCGCAGAUCAGACCGACAGAGUGCAUUAGCCGCUCCACGUUGUCACUUCCGGUUAUACCCCGGAGUUGGGACAUUCCCUUUCCGGUUAAAUUUGGAUUUGUAAAAGUGUUUUUGGACUUGUAAAAGUGUUUUGUCGCUUGUAAAUUUGUCUUGGAGGUUGUAAAAGUGUUUUGCAUUAUGUAAAUUUGGUUUGCACCUCUCGGCCACCGUAGUCUGUGGUUCACUGUAGCACUAUUUUACAGGCCCAUCAAGCAUACAGCAACAGAGUCCCAAAGCUACUGAGUCUUGUAGCCGUCAGUCCACAGAACAAACGUGACAUUUUCUCAUGAGCUACUCUCAGGCUGACCUUUUAAAAGUGCCUUACGUGCUUGAGGAAACAUUUUUUUUUACUGGCAAGUUCCCUGAAUUGAAUGCACUGAAUUUGUGAUAUUGUCAUUAAGCUGCCAAAACCCGACAGAAUGUAGAAAGGUCAUUAGUCUUUUUUUAUAUAUAUAAAAGUUGUUGUAUUGCCUACUGUCUAUCCUGUAUUUUUGCACACAUCUAUUUUAUGCUAUAUUAAAUAUCUUGUAGUUUU